AUGGAGCUAUGUCCUGGAAUCACUGCAGGCGACCGAUUCCUUCAGAUCGGUGACUUCCGGAUUUCGCAAAGCAUGCCCGGGGCGCUCUCCAUCUCCCAUCGAUCCGGCCUCGUCUCCAAGGUUUUCUUCUCCGACGGAAAGUUACAGACCAACCUCGGCGGAGACGCAAGCCGUCCUCACAACGCUUGGUGGAAGGAGGCGAGGGAACUUCACCAUGCCGAUGCCGGGAGUUUGAAGUUCGGAGAUCGCUUUAUUGAGAUCGGUGAUUUUCGCCUUGGCGCGGACGAGCACGAAGCGCAAGGCUACGACUCCGUGAUCCUCACUCAUAGGCACUUCGAUGUCAUACAGUUCUGGAAUCACAAUGGGGGGUUGGUGCCUGGAGCAAGCGUUGGAGCAAGGCAUCAUCCCCGAGGGACAGAUAUCUGGGAUCGUCCGGUGGGACCUCCGAGGGGAGUAAGCUUUGGUGACCGCUUCGUGCAGAUUGGCAAUUACCGGUUUGGGGACUUCGAUGGGCACCACUUCACCGUGGCCCACAAAGACGGUAUCAUCACCGAGAUGUUUACCGGCUAUGACGGGCUCCAGCACAACGGGCCGAUUACCAAGUGGACAACGUUUGGCCGCCCGAUGAGAGAAUGCAAGGUGAUGCCGCCGAGGCAUCGCGUCCCCUAA